AUGCAGGUGGGAGAUGCUGGAGACGUCACAACUCAGAUCGCUCUUCAGCCUGCACUGAAGUUCAAUGGUGGAGGUCAUAUCAAUCAUAGCAUUUUCUGGACAAACCUGAGCCCUAAUGGUGGUGGAGAACCCGAAGGUGAUUUGUCGGAAGCCAUCAAACGUGACUUUGUUUCCCUUGACAAAUUUAAGGACAAGCUGACAAGUGUAUCUGUUGGCAUCCAGGGCUCAGGUUGGGGUUGGCUUGGUUUCAAUAGGGAACAGGGACACUUACAGAUUGCUACUUGUUCUAAUCAGAAUCCAUUGCAGAGAACUACAGGCCUUAUCCCACUGCUGGGGAUUGAUGUAUGGGAGCAUGCAUAUUACCUUCAGUAUAAAAAUGUCAGACCUGAUUAUCUAAAAGCCAUCUGGAAUGUCAUCAACUGGGAGAAUGUAACUGAAAGAUACAGGGCUUGCAAAAAGUAAAACAUUACAC